AUGUUGUUGGUGUGUUGCUAUCAAGCCUUUGCCGUAGAACAUUGGGUCAUAGACCACGACCAAUCACAUGGUGAUUGGUACUUCUCUCAUACGGCUAUAUCUCCUAAGUUUGUGCCUCUUCUCUUCUCUCUAUACUCUUUUCUUUUUUCUUCUCUACCCAACAUUGUUUUUUCAAUGGUGAGACUGGUGUUGAACUUGAAGAGAGAGAAGUGGCAACCGAGGCUCCAAAAUACCAAGAGGCAGAUUUUACACCGAUUUUUAGCAAUAUCUGGCAGAGUUUGUAGUUUUCGUAGGAAACAAGAAAGCAGGGACAUACAAACCCCUACAUGUAGCGAAGCUACGCUUGCUGUUGUUGUUCAGCCAACAUCAUGUCUACCAAAGGAUCUUGUAGAAGAGAUACCAAAUAAAAAAGAAAGGAGCAGAGAAAACACUAGUUGUAGUGUAACCACCACCACACUUGCUAUUGAGAUACCGGAUGAGCUAGUAGAAGAGAUUCUUCAUCACCUUCCAGUAUAUUAUUUGGUAAGACUGAAAUUAGUAUCGAAGAAAUGGAAAUCACUGAUUGAAUCAAGGCAUCUAGCAGAGAAACAUACCCGUCUCCAUCAGAAAAAAUACGGAGCCAAAAAAAUCGUAGUUGAACGGUCGGGAUCUGGAACCUUUCAUGUCAGGUAUUCUGCAAAUCCCAGUGGAGUGGGAACAGGCAUUAGAGUCUCAAACAAUCAUCUUCGCCUUCCUGGAUCUUGUAGUGGUUUGGUCUGCUUCUACGAUUUGGUCUACGUUUAUCUAUUCAACCCUAUGACACGUGUACUCCGGACACUUCCUUCUCCUCGAGGUACCAAAGCUGCACUUAUUCCUGCUGGAGAACUUUCGGUGGGAUUCGGGAGAGAUGCUGUGACAGGAAGCUACAAAGUGGUGGUUUUGUUUGGAUCCGGUAAUGAUAACAGACUGAACUCAAAAGUUUUCGAUCUGAGCACCAGCAAGUGGAGGCGGAGAUACAAAUCCGCUGGUCCAGUGUUGUCUCUUUCUUUCACUCUAAUUAGCCUUGACGCAAACCCAGUCUUUGUAAACGGUUCGCUUUUCUGGUUGUUGGCACGUCACCAUACGGAGAUACUAGUCAUGGAUCUUCACACUGAAAAGUUUCGUACGGUGUUGCUACCCAACGACAUCCCUGUGUCCUUGGGUCUAAUUUACAUGUGGAAUCUCAAGGACCGUCUCUUUGUCUCUGAUUUAACACAAUAUUUGGAUUCCGACCUGUGGGUUCUUGUGCAGGACGAGGUUACUGAAAAGUGGGAGAGAACUCGAUUUCACCCUGAUGCUGACAUUCCUCCGUUAACGUUGGAUUCUGCUUGGUUUUCACAGUCCUUGGUUUCUCCGUACCAGUCAGAGACAUAAUACCUGAGUUCUAUGAGUUUCUAUGAGUCACCCGUUUCAAGAUUUGUUUUCAACUAAGCAUUUGUCUCUUGGUGUUCUUCACCUCCACUCUCACAAAUCUACUUUUUCUUACACAAGUAGUCAAUGGAGAAAAUGAGCUAUGAUCAAUCGCUCACCAAAGACAGUAGGUAUAUGUCAACCUUGUCAAUCCACUUACAAUUGGAAACAAUCCACCAAUACAUUGUAUGAUUAUUCACACCAAAAAGGAGACAAAUCCAAGGGAAAAUAUAUGAGACUCUCUGCAGGAAUAGACUAGCAUAGUAUGCAACAAAAACAUGCCAAACUCCUGCAUGAAAAUCUCAACCGCUCACCCUUAUGCACACAGCAUAGUACCAAACAUGUCAACUCAUACGUAAAAAGUUCAAAAGCAAACUCUUACAUAUAAAUCAUAGUACCAAACACGUAGAUUCCUGCAUAAAGCUCUAAAGGAAACUCUUACACAGGAAACCUAGUACCAACCAUGCCAUUCCUGUCGUAAAAGUCUUAAAAAUCAGCUCUUAUACAGUAAGCAUAGUACAAGAUGUGCCAAAAUCCUAUUUAGGAACCACCCAAAACAAAUGCUUACCCAGCCGUAGGAAGCCGCAAAACUGGCCAUUGAAUCACCUCAUCCGGUAGAUUCACAGAAGAAGAGGAAAAUGUACGGUGAAAUAUUUGUUAUGAGAAUGUGAACCUUUGCUUAAAAAGGCGUUGGUGCAAGGCCAGUUAUGAAAUUUCGUAGCUUGGUGGGGCCGAGGAGCGGGGCUAGCUCAGGCGACGGAGAUACCACAUUUGUGCACUUUGAAGAGAAGCGAGGGGCACAAAAAGCGUAAGAGGUCAUAAGCCUUUUCAAUUCUCAA